AUGAAAGAAAGUGUGGAUGAGCUGGAGGCUAAGCGUACGCAGCGAGUUCCUCGUCGCUGCUGCAUUUUUCGUCUGCCCUGCACACGUAUCCUAAUCAUAUCCACAUUGGUACUUAUUACGUUGAUGAUCUCAUUGAUAUAUCAUGGCAUUGUACUCGAGCGCAUGGAUCACCUGCGUCAAAUAAUGGCGCUCAAUGAAAAGCACGCGCACAACUUGCAACCCAUCGAUGAAGAUGUCUUGGCAAAAAGACCACAACUGCAGCCCUUUCACAUACCGCUAAAGAAAGAUGAUCCCGAUAGAAUAGCUACCAAGAGCGAGGAGCAGUCAUUGCGCUUAAAGCAUAUGCGCUUCAAGUUUCGAAUGAAGCGAAAGCUUCGACUACCUCGAAGUUUGCAGUCUGUUGAUCUGAUUGAUCCCCUCCAGCUGGAGGCCAACAUGCAGCAUCUGUAUACAAGGAUGCGCAGCAAACGUGCCAGGGCUGCUCUCAGCCAGUUGGAGAGCGAGUACGUGCGAUGCAAGAAACAGACUCCAGAGGACUGCAUGUCGGCCUUUAUGCGCAUGUACCAGAUGGCCAAAGAGGUUACCGAGAAAAUGGACAAGAUGAAGGAAAUUAUUAGGGAUCACCUAGGAUCCCAUAGCAUUGAGUCGCAUGAGUUUCAUACAUAUGCACCAGCCAAGACGACCAGGACAACAGUGGAGCAGCAACAAGAGGUGACAACUCCGCUCACCAAUGUCAGCGUGGCUGACAACGAGGAGACAACGCUGAAACCCAAUAGAGUUAAGAUUAAACCAGCACAAAUCAGUUGGAUCAUCGAUGGUCCUGGCCACGACGAGCAGGAGGCAUAUGUUGAGAAUACGCCGAGAGCCAUGGAUCAGAUCAAUAUGACCACAACGUUGGCUACAACAACAAUGGAGAGCACAACGCCAACAACAACAAUAGAGAGUACCACAGAUCAAAUCACUUGGAUUCUGGACCGCUUCGAUAAGGCCAAAGAGAUUGUACACACCACAGAGGGAACUAAUGAGAAAACAACCACAGGCACCACAGAGAAAACUAUUUCGCCUCAGGUUGUGCUACAAGAGACAACCAGCUUAUCAAGCUUUGAAAUUCAGCCGGGUCCAUUGCACUCCGAUGACCAUAGGACCCAGCCCAGCACAAAUACAACCACAGCGCCUACAACAGAUGCACCCGAAUCAUUCACGAAAACAACCGCAGGACUGAACGCGACGGACGUAGAAGAUAAAGACAUGCAGCCGGACUCCACUACGUUAAGUCCAACCACAAUGCCCAUUAGUACAGUCAGUACAACCACAAUGCCCAUUACUACGCUCAGCCCAACCACAACAACUGAAGCUGUGGAUGGGUUCAAUCGCACCGCAUUUCCGACCAAGCCCAAGCCAAUGAAGAUCAGUUGGAUUAUUGACAGCGACGCCAGCAGUAAUGAAGUGAAUAACACAACCCAAGCUGCAGCCACUGAAACCACCACUGGAACCAUUACUGAGACCACCACAGAGUCCACCACUGAAGGUGCACGUGCGGUGCAUCCAUUGGAUAAUCCCAGCAGCAUAGAAAACAUGCUGGACAGCUUUGAGCGCCAUAGGCAGGAGAAGCCUUUACUCAAAGUGCUGCCUAGCAACGAGCAGGACAAGCCGCUUCUCAAAGUUACUCCGAAUGUCUAUGAUCGCAAUCAUUGGCUGCAGAAGUUCGAGCAGGAUGCAGCGCCGCCACAGGACGAGCUUAUCGACACUUUUGGCACGGAGCUGGAUGCCAAGAGUCUGCAGCAAAUGGGGCCCAAAAUAAACCCUAUCAGUGGCAAGGUGCCAAAUGCCGCCGAUGCACAGCUCAUGUCUAUGUGUGCGCAAUUAACACGAAGACUGCGACAAAAGGCGGCCGCAGAGGGCGGCUCUGGUGAGAUGGAACCGUUUACUGCAUCGCCCAGCGUGCAGUUUACUAGCCGCGGACCGGGGGGCUUUCCGGUCUCUGGCGAAACAAUGAAAGCCUCCGCCCAGUUCAUGUUUAAUCCGAGCUUUGGCAUGCCCAGCAUACCUGUGUGCUUCUAUAUGACACCCGCCAAUUUCCGCAUGCCGAUGUGGUCGCCCACGCCCUCGUUUAUGGGCAUGCAGGGCGCCCACUUUGGUGGCUCGUCCAAUGCCGGCGGCAUAUUCUUUGUACCGCAGCAGUUUGGGCCAUCGGGCAAUUUCUUUGGCGGCAGCGGCGGUACGGCGGGCGGUGCACAGAAUCAGCUGCCCAACAUCUUCUCGAAGAACGCAUCACCACAGAAGCAGCAAAAUGGACAGCAGCAGGUCUACUGCACCUACAUGCAAAACCAGCAGGGACAAGCCGGACAGGGACAAACGAUGCAAAACAAUUUGUCGUCUGGCAGCCAGGCGGGCUUCUCCAAUGCCAAUUUCAAGAUGCGGCAUGCCAAUCAGACGGGCAUGGCUCAUCAGAGCCAGAUCAUCUACGCCUCCUAUCUGGGUUUGCCGGAACAGCCGCAGCAGCGUUUCAAGUGCCCGGAAGCGGAUCAGCUGGCCUGCUAUGGGCAGCAGGAGUGCAUUGCCGCAUCGCGCUGGUGUGACAAUGUCAUCGACUGUCCUGAUGGCAGCGAUGAGUCGGCCUGCACCUGCGCCGAUCGACUGGAUGAGGAGCGUCUGUGUGAUGGCUAUGCGGACUGCCCCAUGGGCGAGGAUGAGCUGGGCUGCUUUGGCUGUGAGUCUCUGGCGCACUCCUGCUACGAGAAUGCCGAGGAAUAUGCGCGACAUAAUCGCUCCACAUUGUCCAUGUGCUACAGUCGCCACGAGCGCUGCGAUGGUUUCCAGAACUGCUUCAACGGACGCGAUGAGCUGCAGUGCAGCAUGCUGCUCACAGAUGUUGGCCAUCAUAUGUCACAUGCAGCUUCUGCUUCGGAGGGUUAUCUGUAUCACAAUCAUCGCGGCGAUUGGUAUCCUGUAUGCAACAAUGGCGCUAGGUGGGCGGCCGCCGCCUGUGAAUCGGAGGACCUCAAUCAAUCCGCAAAUCUUACCUUCAAACAGGUUACGCUGUCGGGUCCAUUCAUAGAGCCCUCGUUGCAUGCGGGCAUACACUUUGCCCAAGGCUGCCAUGGACGUAAUGGUCAGGACACGCUGGUCGACCACGUUGCCUACGUCAAGUGUCCGCCUCCGCAGUGUGGCCUGCCCAGCAAGCCGAGCGCGAGUGGGCGCGCAAAGCGCACGAAGAGGGCACCCAUUGAGGAUCGCCUGGAGUCGGAUAAAGGUCGGAUCGUGGGCGGCAGCUAUGCAAGUCCCUUGCAGUGGCCCUUCGUGGUGGCCAUCUACCGAGAUGGCAAGUUCCACUGUGGCGGCACCAUCUACUCGGAGCAUUGGAUCAUCAGCGCGGCGCACUGUGUAAUCAACUAUAUCAAGUAUUACUAUGAGGUGCGCGCUGGACUCUUGCGCCGCACCAGCUACUCGCCGGCUACUCAGAUACAAAGUGUUUCCCAUGUGGUGGUGCAUCAGGCUUACGAGCGCCGCAGCAUGCGCAACGAUCUCUCCCUGUUGCGCGUUGCGGCGCCGCUGGAGUUCAAUCGCUGGGUGAAGCCUAUUUGCUUGCCAGAUAUGGGACGAACCACCUUUGGCCAAGACUGGAUCUGGGGUCCAGAGGAGCACACGCUCUGCACCGUCAUUGGCUGGGGCGCCAUAAGGGAGAAGGGUCCGAGCAGUGAUGCCAUGCGCCAGGUCAUUGUGCCCAUACGCAAAGGCUGCACGGAUCCCGAGGAUCGGGCUUCUGAGGACGUUUGUGCCGGUGAGCCGGGUGGUGGUCGCGAUGCCUGCCAAGGAGACUCGGGUGGACCGCUCUUCUGCCGCAGCGUCAGUCAGCCGGAACAAUGGUAUUUGGCGGGCGUCGUCAGCCACGGCAAUGGCUGUGCGCGACCCAAAGAGUUCGGCGUCUAUACACGGGUUGCCCUCUAUCUGGACUGGCUGGAGCUAGCCGUGAAGCCAGGCUUGCUUCCAGCACGCCAGCCGCUGCAGCACUGUCCGGGAUUCAUAUGCGUUUGGGGCGGCAAGCGUUGCAUUUCCCAGCGUUUGCGCUGCGAUCGCAACGUGGACUGCCUGGGCGGCGAGGAUGAGGUGGGCUGUGCCUACAACUUUAUUCCCGACAUGGUGGGCAGCCAGCAAACAGUAAGCAGCACCACAGAAAGCGACUAUUAUCCACAGAAACAAACGGCAGCACACGACCAGGAAGCACAGCAGACGGAGCACAAGCAGCGUCAGGAUGUUUCUAUUGAAGAUGCGAAUUUGAUUGCGCAUAUGCUGACAGCGCCACCACCCGAAAACGAAACCAGACAGCUCGGCACAACACCAGAAACAGCACAGACUGAUACAUGGACAAUAACUGAGGAGAGCAGCACGCCGGCAGCAGAGAAUGAAGCGGAGCUUGACAACACGACUUCAGCCACUUCGGCAAUAACAACCACAACAUUACCAACAACCAUAUUGCAAACGACAACAACAGCAACAACAACAUUGCCAAACAGAACUUUGACCACAACUUUGCCGCCGCCUACAACAACAGUUUGGCCAACACCCACCGAGGAUUUGAUGAAAUUGACGGAUCUGAUGAGCCAGCUGCUUGAAGAGUCAACAACUGCAAACACAACGCUGUUCGCGUUCACGACAGAUGCGCCCAAUAUGGGCACAACAACAACCGCCGACAGCAGCACAACAGAAGCUCCCAAUAAGUUCAUCUGUCGGAAAAUGCCUCAAAUUGUGGAUCUGCAGCAUCGCUGUGAUCGCAGAGUGGAUUGCGAGGAUGGCACCGAUGAACUGGAGUGCAGCUGUCGUGACUAUCUCAAGGGCGGCCUCAGCACACUCAUUUGCGAUGGAAAAGCCGACUGUGAGGAUCUGAGCGAUGAGCAGAACUGUGGUGGCUGCCAGGAGCACGAGUACCACUGCGCGCUGUCCAAGAGCUGUCUGCCGCUGGCCAAGCGCUGUGACAAAGUUGUGGAUUGCAAGUUCAGUGAGGAUGAAAAGGAUUGCUUUGCCUUAACCAACGGCCACGAUGUGCACUUCGAUGCGCAUCAGCAGCCCAAGUUCAGCAGCGCUGGCGUCUUCUCGAAGAAUACGCACGGUUCGUGGCGCGUGGUUUGCGCCCAUGAGACAGGCUUCCAUGAGCAACAGGCUAAGACGGCGGAUACAAUCUGCGCCUUGCUGGGCUUCAGGGGCGCCCACUACUACAACAGCACGGAGUUUGUCAGCCAGCAGGAGAUGCAUCCCGUUAGCCCAGAGCUAAUCAGAUCACAUUCUGGCAACCAGCUGCGAGCGCUGAUGCGGGACAAUGUCCAGCUGACCAGCACGGAGAUGGUUCUCCCGAAGCACGCACAGCAAGUGCCGCACGGGCGACAAAAGGCGCGUAUCGUGCCCAACAAGUGUCUGGGCAUCUAUGUGGAAUGCAAUGCCCGUUCUAAUAUUACAUUGCCGCUGAAAACCUUCAGCGCUGGACAGGCGAUAAUUCAGCGUCCCACUGGGAAUCUACCGGAGCUGCUGCCCACAAUUAGCACGCACAAGAAGCCAAAUGUGCACUUUAAACCGCAGCAGCCGGCGCAGCUGGUCAACAAAAAGGAUGAAAUUAUGGAUCGCCUGGACAUGCUGAUCAAGAGCAAGAAUAACAAGACGCUGCUGGUGCAGGAGCAGCUGCACGAGGCCAUUGAGGAGCUGCAUUGGCCUUGGCUGGCUGAUGUCUAUGUGAAUGGUGAACUCUGGUGUCUGGGAGUCCUCCUGGACAAGCACUGGCUGCUGGUGCACGAGAGCUGCCUCACCGGCAUAAGCUUUGAUACGCACUACAUCAGCGCCUUGCUGGGCGGUGGCAAGACCAAGCGCUCUUUGCACCGCAGCACCCACGAACAGAUACUUCGUGUGGACUGCUUUGAAGCGGUGCCCAGGUCCAAUGUACUGCUGUAUCAUCUGGAGCAGCCGGCAAGAUUUACGCACUACGUCCUGCCCACUUUUCUGCCUGAUAUUUCUGAUGAACAAGAGAGCGCCCCGCAUGAAUGCAUCAGCAUGCUGCAUGAUGAUUUCACUGGACGCAUCAAGACGGUGGCCAUUACAAGAGUCAGCAAUGAUACCAGCUGCAACUCCUGCUAUCAAAUGCAGGAGCGUCAGCCCUCAGGUAAUUUGAUGCGCAUGCUAAAUGUAAGCGCCGAGGAUAUGGCAUCCAUAUCGGACGAAGUGGAACUGCUUAGCGGUGUCACGGCCAGGGCGAUGCCUGCACUCACCAAAUUCACCAGCUGCACGCAGUUUGGACAGAGGAAUCUGAGUGAUGUUCAAGUGCAGCCCAGCGAUCAGGGCGUGCUUGUGUGCCGGGAUUCGCACACCGGCUGGUAUCCUUCGGCAAUCUUUAUUUAUAAUAAUACCAACUGCCAAAGCUUCAGAGCGCCUUUUGGCAUUAGGACACUGAACGAGGCCUACAAGUCACUGCAGGAAAUUAUGGAUCAACCGCAUUGCACCAAUGUGCAGUCAUCGCCUCCAUGUGAAACACAUCGUUGUCCCCUGGGCGUCUGUCUGCCGCAGUCGGCGCUCUGCGAUGGCCGCAGCGACUGUCACGAUGGGAGCGAUGAGGAAGUGUCCAAAUGCCGUGAGCUGAAACAACGCUGUGCACCGGGCGAAAUGAAGUGCCGUACGAGCGCCAAGUGUGUGCCCAAGAGCAAGUUUUGUGAUCAUGUGCCGGACUGUCAGGAUAUGACGGAUGAACCCACAAUAUGUAGCUGUUUUACGUAUUUGCAGGCCACGGACCCUUCCAAGAUAUGCGAUGGCAAGCGCAAUUGCUGGGACAAGAGCGAUGAAAGUUCGGUGCUGUGCAACUGUACCGCGGAUCACUUUCAAUGCAGCUCCUCUCCUGAGGAUUGCAUACCACGUGAUUUUGUGUGCGACAAGCAUCCUGAUUGUCCCAACGGCGAGGAUGAGCGCUUCUGCUUUGGUAUUGAGCACCCGCUGCAGGAGCAGCAGCAGGAUUACUGGGCGCAUAGUGAAUAUAGUCACAAGAAGUUAGUAUCACAGUAUGGCCAAGUAAUUGAACAAACAUAUGGUAUUUGGCACACCAAAUGCUUUCCCAAGACUUCGCCACCAAGCAUAUCCGAAGUGCGUGAUAUCUGCAAGAAGCUGGGCUACAAUCCGGAUCGAUUUCCCAGCUAUCGCCUCAUCGAUGAUGCCACCAACGAGGCCAAGCACACCUUUGAGGUAGCUGACAGACGAGGUCGCGCUUUCGGCAAUGACACAUUGGUCGGCAAAUAUCGGGACUCCACAAAGGCGCUGAUCGUCAGCAAAUUUUCGCCGCUGCAGCUUAACGAACAGCUAACGCUGUUCCUCAAGCCUAGCCGGCCUAUUGCUGAGCUGGUUAGAUGGAAUACAACGGAUUCGAAUCGCUGUUUCAGGCUGGAAAUACGCUGUGCAUGA